AUGCAGAGGGAGAUCAGUGCCAUAAGUGAGAAAUGUGCAGUAUUUCAAGACACGUACGUUAAAAAAGAUGAUUUAAAAUUUGAAUUUGAUAAGUAUCAUAAGAAUACACGAGGGCAACUCAUAAGUCACCCUAAUGUCAAUAGCAAGAGAGGCGGUUCUUGUUUACAAGAUAGCCCCGACUGUGACAGCGGGCCGAUGGGCUUAAUGACCGUCCGUAACGAUAAUUAUACGUCGACAAUGACAGUGCAAAAACAGAUAGGUGAUCACCUGUCUUUGUCGGACGCGAGCGCUUGCGCGGUGGAGACAGAUAAGUCUGUCCUAUUCACACACGUGCAACAAGUGGCACAUCAAGAGUACGUGGAGGCCCCUCGUCAAGUAACUGCGGUUUCGAAUGCACACGAGGCAAAUGCAUUUGAGGCGCCCGCGCACCUAUCCUUGUCAUGCGUGAGCGAUACGGAGGCGGAAGAUCAUAAAGCUGUCUCUGUCGCUCCCGUAUUAAGGUCGGAGAUGGCGACUCGAGCGCUUGUCUCGUCUGAGUCAGCUGGUGUGAUGACGUCGUGCAAUGUAGUGAAUGCAGAUAUACAAAGCGCCGUGAACAAGCAAGAUGCAGAAAAUUCUAAGCUGCGCCUUAUAAAUUACUCUCAAACAAAGAAACCAAUCGCAGAACUCAAUUAA